CUCCAGCCUUUCUUUUAGAGUCUACUUUACCAAGGUCUGAAUUUAGACUCAGGAGAAAAACUUAUUCCUAAAGUUGUUUUUUUAGCAUUCUUCCCUUCUCUUCUCUGCAACUUAGAUUCCAGACAAAGCAUUUCACGAAGAUACUUACUUUUAACAUUAAAGUAAACAAUAUUAGCUCUGUUUUGAGACUACAGUGAUCUACUUUAAGACAACUAGAGCCUGCCAAGAUUACCACAAUUCCUCCACAAUUCCUGGAUUUCCAGCAAGCCUUUUGGAGCUGACUAAAUCUAGGUCCCAUCCAGGGUGUCCACUAGCCUCUGUUCAGGCUCACACGGAAGGAGAAGCAGGGUAAUCCCAUAAUUAACCACAUGAACUCCACACUUCUGAAAGCAAGGGGUGCUCCAGAAAACUGCUGGAAGGCACAUGGACAGUGUGCAAAACAUUGCAGAUGAGGCCUAUAUUCAAUCUGUAAUGGAAAAGAGCAACUGGGCCUUGUUAGUCAUCUCUCCACUUCUCUGUUGAUGAUUCUGGAUCUUUUCCUUUCUUCUCAACCUCCUUAAACAUACUCAUUCCAGUGCUUUCUGUCAGCAAACUGCGACCAUUACAAAGACAUCAACUCUGCGUAAAUACUUUGUUUACUUGAGAAUGCACUUCCAGGAGGACUCUUGGUGAGAAGAACUGUCUUAGUUUCAAAAAACAGUAUAAGGAUUCACCAGUCUCCUGCCUUGAAGAGAAAACGGAACCAUGAGCACAGUAGGAAAAGUAAUCAAAUGCAAAGCAGCUGUGCUAUGGGAGAUAAAGAAACCCUUUUCCAUAGAGGAGGUCGAGGUCGCACCACCUAAGGCCCAUGAAGUUCGUAUUAAGAUGGUGGCCUCAGGAAUCUGUCGUUCUGAUGAUCACGUGGCUAGUGGAGCGCUUGUCACACCUCUCCCUAUAAUCUUGGGCCAUGAGGCAGCUGGCAUUGUGGAAAGCAUUGGAGAAGGAGUGACUACAGUAAAACCAGGUGACAAAGUCAUUCCACUCUUCAUGCCCCAGUGUGGAAAAUGCAAUGUUUGUAAACACCCGCAAGGCAACUUCUGCUUGAAAAAUGAUCUGAGCAAGCCUCGGGGGUUCAUGAAGGAUGGAACUACCAGGUUCAUCUGCAGAGGAAAGCCCAUCCACCAUUUCAUCAGCACCAGCACCUUCUCCCAGUACACAGUGGUGGAUGAGACUGCAGUGGCCAAGGUCGAUGCAGCCUCACCAUUGGAGAAAGUCUGUCUCAUUGGCUGUGGAUUUUCUACUGGAUAUGGGUCUGCAGUCAACGUUGCCAAGGUCACCCAGGGCUCCACCUGUGCGGUGUUUGGCCUUGGAGGAGUCGGCCUGUCUGUGAUCAUAGGCUGCAAAGCAGCAGGAGCAGCCAGGAUCAUUGGGGUGGACAUCAACAAAGACAAAUUUGCAAAGGCCAAAGAGGUGGGUGCCACUGAGUGCAUCAGCCCUCAGGACUACAGGGAACCCAUCCAGGACGUGCUGAAGGAAAUGAGUGGUGGCGGUGUGGAUUUUUCAUUUGAAGUCAUCGGGCGGCUUGACACCAUGGUGGCUGCCUUGUCCUGCUGUCAGGAGUCCUAUGGUGUAAGCGUCAUUGUAGGAGUACCUCCUAAUUCACAAAAUCUCUCUAUGAACCCCAUGUUGUUAUUGACCGGACGUACCUGGAAAGGAGCAAUUUUUGGUGGCUUUAAGAGUAAAGAUUCUGUCCCCAAACUUGUGGCUGAUUUUAUGGCUAAGAAGUUUCCACUGGAUCCAUUAAUAACCCAUGUUUUACCUUUUGAAAAAAUAAAUGAAGGAUUUGGCCUGCUUCGCUCUGGAAAGAGCAUCCGCACCAUCCUAACAUUCUGAGACCAUAUGGAUGGCUUCAUUGCAGCAGGCUUUUGGCUCGUGAACCUUCUGGAAUGAGCAGCCAAACAACAUCACCAAUUCUGUUCUUCAGAGAUGCAGUCAACAAAUCAUGCAUGAGAGCUAUCCAAAAGUAACAAAAAUUCAUGUGAAAUCCUUUUUCAAGCCAAUGUUUAAAAUUCAAGUGAGAGCUAGAUGAAUCAUUAGCUGCAUAGUUGAAUCCAGUAAACUUUCCUUCUUAAUCAUUCUACUCAUGUUGAAUUAUGGCAUCUUUCCAUUGAGUAAAGAUAGGUAUUUCUUUGA